GCCCAAUCAGACCCGCGGAGCAGGUGGAGUUCCGCCCUCGCGGAGGAGGUGGAGUUCCGCCCUCUUCGUCGCAGUAAGCGCGGAACUGGGGUUGUGGCGACUAACUGUUUUUCCGGUGGAUUCCCAGGGGCUGUCGGAGGUGUGGACUCUGCCUGCCUACCUGCUCUGGGAAGAUGUUCUACCAUAUCUCCCUAGAGCACGAAAUCCUGCUGCAUCCGCGCUACUUCGGCCCCAACUUGCUCAACACAGUGAAGCAGAAGCUCUUCACCGAGGUGGAGGGGACCUGCACAGGGAAGUAUGGCUUUGUAAUUGCUGUCACCACCAUUGACAAUAUUGGUGCUGGUGUGAUCCAGCCAGGCCGAGGCUUUGUCCUUUAUCCAGUUAAGUACAAGGCCAUUGUUUUCCGGCCCUUUAAAGGGGAGGUUGUGGAUGCUGUUGUCACUCAGGUCAACAAGGUUGGACUCUUCACAGAAAUUGGGCCCAUGUCUUGCUUCAUCUCUCGACAUUCCAUCCCUUCAGAGAUGGAGUUUGAUCCUAACUCCAACCCACCAUGUUACAAGACAAUGGAUGAGGAUAUUGUGAUUCAGCAGGACGAUGAGAUCCGCUUAAAGAUUGUGGGGACCCGUGUGGACAAGAAUGACAUUUUUGCUAUUGGCUCCCUGAUGGACGAUUACUUGGGGCUUGUAAGCUGAGCCUGGUGGCCUCCUACCCUUGGUUCUACUCUAGGAAGUGUGAUUGUCACACUUAUCAUGUUGUCCAGAGGUCCAGUCUGGCUGCUGUUGUGGAGGCAAGGAAGGCAACUCAUCCCAGAAGGCAUCUGGUGCUUCUCUUAGCUUAGCUACUGCCUCUUGAUUUUUCAGUAUGUGUUCUAAGUAUAAAAAGUCCUUGGUUCUCA